CGGCCGGUCUUAAUCAAUACAGGACUCCAAAGUUGCAUUGAACUACCACACUGAAAAUAUAAUUUAUAAACCAUUUCAAUUCCGUCUCAUAAAAAGGGAAACUCGGCCCAAACAAGCUAAACACAACACGUUUUUUGGUCCUUUUCAGUGUCGCUUCUAGCGUUUCGAUUUCCACUUUUUUUCUUUUUUUUUACACACUAUCCCUGUCUGUGACUGUGAGGUUUGGUAGAUCGGAGAAUCUGAGCUCGCUGAGUUGAAUCUGAGCUAGUUGAGUUUGACAAUUGAUGAAUGAGGGAACAUGAACAAGUUGGUGCAUUGCUGGUAUUUGAGUUAGGAGCAUAGCAAGAAAUGGAAAAAGGACCACAUGUGCAUGAGAAGUUUACCAACAUGAAGAGCCAAAGAGUAAAGGUAGAAGAACCUUUUGCUCCUGCAUUACAAGAUGAAGCAGCUGAGGUUUCCAAUUUACAUGCUGAACCUAAAACGGACCAUGUUUCAGUUGAUGGUGUGUUAUGUUUUGGUAAGGAGAAUCCAGGAAAGUGCCUGGACAUGAAGGAUUUUACCUAUGGAUUGGAGCAUGGCUUCAGAACAAAUUAUGGUGGGCUAGAUUCUUUUAAUACUCCUGGAGAAGAUGAUUUAAAGCUCGAGGGUCUUGAUGGAUUGCUGGAUGAUGUUGAUGAGGUGGAUGAUAUUCAUGCAGCACACGAUCUCUCUAGCGUAUGUGAAGAUUUUCUCUUGGAUUUUGAAUUUACUGAACAAGUUACCAAAUUGGAUUAUGUUCCAAUAAAAGGAUCACAUUUUGGUAACUCUAGUUCAGAAAGCCAUUCACCAGGUCUUAGUGGAACUUGUAAUGUAGCAAUUGGAAUAUCUAAAUUGUCAACAACUAUUGUUCCAGAAUCUGAAUGCAAGAAUGGUUCACUCGCCAAGCUGACCAGCUGUGAGCUACAUAAUACCAUUAAAAGUGAAUGCGAAUGUAAAGUUCCAAUUGAGGACACCGAGGGCCCUAGUUCUCUUGAUGUGCUUGAAUAUGAUGAGUUGGAUAAUGAUGACAAUUGUUUAUUGAGUAGCAUAUUGUCUAAGUGUAAGAAGAGGGCAAAGAGCUCUGCUCUAGGAAACCAAGUUAAGCGACCGCGUAAACCUACUCAGAGAUACAUGGAAGAAUUUUCAGAUCAGAAGUCAAAAUCUCUACUGGAUGGACAAAAAGUUUCAGCUACUGUAUUGAAGGAUAAACGCUUAAAAGUCAUAUCACGUAAUCAGUCUUCUAAUCAAUGUGGCAAUCAAGUGCCAUCAGUGUCACGGUCAAGAGGACGAUGUCUAAAAAACUGUGCACCCAUAAUGGGAUUUGAAUCUGAUGACGAUCCUGAUGUAUCUGGGUCACAUGAUACUUGUGUGAGAAAGAAAAAAACUAAAGUAGAUGUUGACCGGAGGAAGCAUCAAAGGAUGUGGACUCUUUCUGAGGUGAUGAAGCUGAUUGAUGGUAUAGCUCAAUAUGGAGUUGGAAGAUGGACUGACAUAAAAAGGCUCUUGUUUCCGUCAUCUUCUCACCGCACACCGAUAGAUCUGAGGGACAAAUGGCGAAAUCUUCUGAGAGCUAGCUGCGUACAGAAGAAGAACAAGGGAGAGGUUGAGUCAAAGAAUGUCAUACGGGCCUUACCAAGGUCUGUGUUAUGCCAAAUUCGUGAAUUGGCAACCAUUCAUCCAUAUCCAAGAGUGUGCAACUCAAAGAUCUCAUGCGAUAAUAAUAUUGCUUCAUCCAAACUUUCUGCAAAAAGUAAAGGUGCACGGCCUAGACCUAGCCCCUGUGGGCAUAGGAAGAGGCAUACUUGAACUCCAUUCGUUUCAUGGUGAUAGAUCAGUGAGUAAUUUUACAAAAUUUAGUUGUAAAGAAAGUGUUAUGUUGCUUACGGGCUCUCUUGUAGUUUUGGUGAAAUGCAUAUACAUAUGUUCUUAGAUAUGUAUUUCACAGAUAAUAGGUUACAGAAUCUGGAAAUGUGGAACAAGUGGGUCUAGAACUGUUGAUUUGUAACUGCCAGGGAAAUGGCCAACUGAUGUUGAAAGAGAAGUAGAUUUUCACUGACAUCAAUUAUUACGUUAUUGCAUGAUGUAUUUUCCCCA